AUGGCGGGCUCUGAAGCACAGCGUGCGAUGUUUCGCCUUCCAAUCGAGCUGUGGUGGGACAUCUUUGACUACCUCAACACCCCGCCUCUGCAUCUUUCCUAUCGCGGACAGCAUGUUGUGCUUUCUGACUGCUUGACACCCAAUCCCUCUUGCGACGAUGAUGGAGCCGAGCGGUACCCUGAAGUGGAAGCCACACCGCACAACUCAACGAUGAACGAAAGUCGAUGGGGCGAUGCCUGGGACAGUGGAGGCAUCGAGUACAUGAUUCAUCGCCUCAUCUUUCACAUCACCGACUUGAAUACCCUCGACGCCCUUUGCCAGACCCAGCAUACCGCAGAAGGUCUACCCAAGACUACUUCACUGAUCUCCAUCGGCCACGGAAUGCAAGCGCUUCACGUCACCUUGAGGCUCCCUUUCGAAGUAUUUGAGGCGGUUGAUGGACUGCGAUCAGAGUCAAAGAAAAUGCAGGAGCUGGCUCUUCAAUGGACGCAAGCGUGGCCGGCCGUUGCUGCGCUUAAAGGCCUCCGAAAGAUCCGAGUGGAACUAGACCACACCAACUGGUCUUCCUGGUCUGUCAUAAACGAGCGUGCGGUACUGUCUUCGCUCGGCACACUCAAGACUCUUGUGCCCGGUCUCGUACUCACUGUUGUACUUCCCAAUCUUCAUCCGUUCUAUGAAAAAUCAGACCGUCAUUUCACCCAUGACAGCCCUGAACCAUCUUUUCCGAUAAUCCGCCGAGUACGCCAAAAGUAUCAUUGUCGGCAGGGCCCCGACGGUCGACGGAGUAUAGUACGAUCAAGAUAUGAUACCUUCCCAGUUUGGGUUCCUGCGGAGCUCGAGUUGUUGGAGAUUGAGGAGCAUCCAGUCCUCCAACCGUCUCCAGAACAGUAUCGAGAGAUGGUCGAGGAAGAACGACAAGGGUGGAGAAACGGCAUAGACUAUCAUGACUUCAUAGCAGAAUUGCUGGGUUCGUCACCGAUAUGUUACGGCUGA